GGAAUCGAAACCGAGUGCGACAUUAAUCCGCGUUCAUCUGCUCUCCCGCUCGCCCUUCGGAGGAUUUCGGCGUCGCGAUGCAACCUGUGACCCUCGCUUAUUAUGGCGGAGACGGACAAGCUCAACAUGGACAGCAUCAUCGCCAGAUUAUUGGAAGUGAGGGGGUCUCGUCCAGGAAAAAAUGUUCAGCUACAGAAUGAAAUCAGAGGCUUGUGCCUGAAGUCACGAGAAAUUUUCCUAUCACAGCCAAUUCUUCUGGAGUUGGAAACUCCCCUUAAAAUAUGUGGUGACGUCCAUGGACAGUACUAUGACCUCCUCCGAAUAUUUGAGUACGGAGGAAUCUCGCCAGACUCCAACUACCUGUUUUUGGGCGACUACGUGGACCGUGGAAAACAGUCGCUUGAAACCAUAUGUCUCCUAUCUUAUAAGAUAAAAUACCCAGAAAACUUUUUCCUGCUCAGAGGUAACCAUGAAUGUGCCUCCAUCAACAGAAUCUACGGCUUUUACGAUGAAUGCAAACGACGGUAUAACAUCAAAUUGUGGAAGACCUUCACAGACUGUUUCAACUGUUUACCUGUGGCAGCAAUUGUCGACGAAAAGAUCUUCUGUUGUCACGGAGGAUUGAGCCCCGACUUGUAAAGCAUGGAGCAGAUCAGGCGUAUCAUGAGACCAACUGACGUUCCUGACCAAGGUCUCCUCUGUGAUCUCUUGUGGUCAGAUCCUGACAAGGA